AUGAGAGCUUAUCACAAAGCUCCUGUAAUAGGGGAGUCCCUCUACCUGUGGGCAGGGAACCAGGUUGACUUACCUAGAGUUCAUGACUCCCUUCAAAAGAGGGAACUGACCUCAAGAGUUGAUGUGUACCAGCUUUCUACUGCUGACUGGUCCUCUCACCUAACAAGAGGUACUCCUCCAUUAGGAGUCGCUGGUUACUCCUGUACCACCUCUCAUUCUAAUAUUUACUAUUUUGGUGGAUGGUGUGGUCAUGAUGACUGUUACCACAAUACAUUGAAUGUACUGAAUACGAUAAAGAUGGAGUGGACUUCAUGCAGUAAUGCGGAACAGUUGUUGAUGAAGAAAGCCUAUGGUGGUAUGAUAUCAGUGGAAUUCGAUGGAGCAGAAUACCUUGUCAUAAUAGGAGGGCUUGGUUCUACACCAACUGUUUACCAUCCUCAGUUUCAAUAUGAUCAACUUAAGACUGGUCGUGUUCGUACUAAUGAACAAAUUAUAUUAAUGAUAAUAAUUAUUUAUGACUGUAUUCUCUUCACUUUAGGACAAUUCACUGUUCCAUCUGUCAGUGGACAGUGUUGUCCACCAACUGAUUCUUUCAUAAUUGAGAAGGUUACUACUACCGGUAACAGAGGAGUAAUGUUUGGUGGACAGGUGACUGUUAAUGGUGAUGAGACUACAGCUACUAAUAGUGUUUACGUUUUCAGUGUGACACAUAGUAUAAUAAACUGGGAGAUACUGAAACCAGGAACAAUACCUAACGAGGGACUGUGGCCUAUGGAGAGAGCUGAUCAUGCUAGUGCUAUUAUCAAUGGUGACUCUACCUCACCUACACUAGUAGUGAUUGGUGGACUGGAUAAGAAGAAUCACCUAUACAGUUGUAGGAAGAUUCCUCUACCUGAAUCUGUUACUGGUAGAUACAAUCACUCACUCACAGCAGUCACAAUGUCACCACACUGUGUAUGGCUAGUAAUUGUUGGAGGAUGUAAAGAGUUUCAAUGGAAAGAUGUUGGAGGAGGAAAGAAGGUGCCAUGGACUAUAUAUAUCACUAAUACUAAUAGACUAAUAAUGAUAAUUGAAUUAGUAUAUAGUGAAGCUGGUGAGUGGAUAGUACAGUCAGUACUGGAUGGUAAUGAUCUCACUAGUAAGAACUAUCAAGAAAAAUAUCAAUCGUACAGCAAGACCAGAACAUGGUGGAUGGAUCAGCUAAUAGAAUAUUCCACAGAGAAGGAUAUACAAUCUUUACAUGAAGACCUACAAGUGGCUCAUGAGAGCAAAGUAUCACUACAGGAGGCACUGGUUGAGGCCAAUAAACAAGUUAAAGGUGAUAAUAGUAAUGAUAUUAUGAGUAGUGUAUUAGAAGAGAUGAGACAAGAACAGGAAAAGUUGAAUCAGAUCAUUACUGACCUUAGAGCUAAAGUGUCUGAUAAGGAGUUGUACAUAGCUAAACUGGUGAAGGAAAGACAAGAGAGGGUCCUCAAGCAACCUAUUAAAGAGACUAGUUCCAUUGGACUACAAUUUAAUUACCUGAUCCCUUCAAUGGAUAAAUUGGAUUGUCUGAGUGAAGUCCAGGUAGCCAAGAAGAAGCUGUUCUUAAUUCAAGGAGACAAACCUCAACUGAUUAAUUGGGAGAAAUAUGGUCUAAGGAUUGGAGUACAAGAAGCUAGUCUAUUGUCCUCUGAGACAGUAGAAGCAGCAGUGGUUGCUCUUGUAGGAGGACAAUUUGUCUUCCCAAAGAAUACAGUACUAGUGAGUGCUGUUUAUGCUGUUUCAUUAUCCAAGUCUCUCCUCAAGCCGUUGCGACUAGAAAUUGAGCACUGCAUUGAUCUGAAGGGACAACCAGUUAAGGGAGGAGAGUUUAGCUCUAAUAGUGGGUAUGGGUCCAUCGAACGUACAAAGUUCUGUUUGGUGUGUAUAGUUGGAUUGAUUAUGGUGACCAUGAUUGGUGGUACUCCAACAGGAGGAGGAGGAGGAGGAGGAGAUGGAGGGGGAGGAGGUCAGCAGCAACAACAAUUAGUCCAGCAACAAGCAGCAGGGGGACAGGACCAGCAGCAACAAGCAGCAGGGGGACAGAACCAGCAGCAACAAGCAGCAGGGGGACAGGACCAGCAGCAACAAGCAGCAGGGGGACAGGACCAGCAGCAACAAGCAGCAGGGGGACAGGACCAGCAGCAACAAGCAGCAGGGGGACAGGACCAGCAGCAACAAGCAGCAGAGGGACAGGACCAGCAGCAACAAGCAGCAGGGGGACAGAACCAGCAGCAACAACAGCAACAAGCAGCAGGGGGACAGGACCAGCAGCAACAAGCAGCAGGGGGACAGAACCAGCAGCAACAAGCAGCAGGGGGACAGGACCAGCAGCAACAAGCAGCAGGGGGACAGGACCAGCAGCAACAAGCAGCAGGGGGACAGGACCAGCAGCAACAAGCAGCAGGGGGACAGGACCAGCAGCAACAAGCAGCAGAGGGACAGGACCAGCAGCAACAAGCAGCAGGGGGACAGGACCAGCAGCAACAAGCAGCAGGGGGACAGGACCAGCAGCAACAAGCAGCAGGGGGACAGGACCAGCAGCAACAAGCAGCAGGGGGACAGGACCAGCAGCAACAAGCAGCAGCGGGACAGGACCAGCGACCUGAAGAAGCUACUCUUGAGCUUGAUACUGCUUCUAGCUCCACCAGCAAAGAAGUUCCUACUGGUAUACUGGGAGCAGCAGCAUAUGCUGGACUGUUCUUUUAUAAUGACAAUGAUAACCAAGUCACAUUCACUGCAGCUAAAGAUUUGAAUGCUCUUCUUGAGUAUAUUAAGAAAGACUAUCCUCAUGCUAGGAGAGGACAAAAUAUUUAUUUUCGGUUUCAAUCUGAUGAUGGUUACAUUGAAUUAAUUUUUAAUGCUCCACAGGAGAAGCAAUUCACUGAUGGAUGAACUGUAUUGCCUCACCUUAAGCCUUGUAGAUUGCAUCGUUUUGACAUUAAUGGUUUUGGUGAAGCUAAUUAUCCUCUUCCUCCAUCUUGUCUAAUAUCAGUUUAUGCAUCAUCUGGUGCUGUACCAUCACUACACUACUCUGUACCACUGGAUGGAGUUGCUGAUCCUGUUACACUAUUUAUUACUAGAGCACUAAGAACUAUUUCUCCUUCAACAAAUCCUACUACCUCCUCCUCUAAUGUAGUACA